GUUAAAAACUUGUUCUUCAGUCAAUACAUAAAAAGUAGGAAUCAUUUCAGCUUGUGAUUUCCUUCUCUCUUUUCUUACUCUUCUCCCUUACAGUCCUAAAAUUAUGACUUCAAAUCAUCGGUAGCACACAAAGCUAACCACACAGAUUUUCAGCCCAAACCUGACAAGAAAAGCAUUUGUCUGACAAGUUUGCAUUGGUGCCCUGUCAGCAGUAGUCAGAGGAGAAGACUGUCAUGUGAUAAGUGUUAUUACUUUGCAAUUUUCUUUGCCUUUGCUUCCUCUAACAAGAGAAUUUUUUUCCAUGGUGAUCUAUUCAUGGCCUUGAUAUACUGGAUCUGUUUUGCCGUAGCUUUCACCCUCCUAUACUUCCUAUGCCUUUAUUCCUUUCAUAAAAGAAGUCUUUAUAACAGUUCCUUCAGAAGACUGUAAUAGGAGGGAAGGGAAGGUCUUUCCACAAUUGUUUUUUUUUAAAAAUCAAUAUAAAUAGCUACAUUGAAACUGGGGAACUGAUACCAGCCUAAGAGAAUUGCUGUUACAAACCCACAUUGUCUUUUUGUAAGCAUGCUGGCUUGGAUCACUGAAUGCUUGCAUUGCAGCUUAGGCACACUAGUCAGCCCUUCAGGCAGGGGAAGGGCACAGGUGCUGCUGAAGACAAAUUUCAGUUUUGCUCUUUGCAGUUACAAAUCUGGAUUUUCAUAUUGGUCAUUAUAACAGCAAAGUCCAAUACAAAAUUCCUGUCAUGAUCUAUGUUUGAAUUACAAGCUUGUUUCUCUAAAAAACAGGAGUCAUGUCUAGUGCAGUGUAUUUCAGAAUAUACACUGAGUAUAAACACAUGUGCACGUUACCUUUCUCACUUUCCUUUUUGCUGGUUUUGCCUUGGUCUAGACUGACUAGGAGUGAAUGCAGCUACUCUAGUCUGGUCCUACUGGUAAACCAAGCUUAAUUCCUUACAUUUCAUCUUUAGUUCAUUGAAAUUGCAGGAUCCUUAAAAGCAGAAGUGGUCCCCUUUAGGCUUUGUUCAACCUUCUCCCUGUAGUCAAGAAUGCAACAGUGAGUCUAUUUAGUACUGGGUCCUGUCAGAACAACUGGAAAAACAGGAUUCACCUCCCCACAAUGACAGUCCUUAGAAAUUCCUCAAUAAAUAAUGCUAGUUUUCUAGCUAGUCUGUUAGACAUUAACAUUGAGUAUUAAAGCUUUGAUAUAUUUGAAGGAUUCUAAUUAAUUUAGUUAAUUUAAACAUUACAGGAAGGAACGGGUGAUUUUUUUUUUAUUACACAGUAUUAGUACUGCCUGUUUAAUUUCACAGAACAAUCUGUAAAUACAAACAAGACAUAAUUCUUGCUAUUUAGUGUUCUUGGUGUUUACUGUGUACAGUGAUACCAUGAUUCAUGGUGAUAUCCACAGAGAUAUCCAGAAUACAUGUACAAAAAUGGUUUGGUUUUGUUCAUUAACAAAAAAAAGCUGUACAAAUUAUCACAGACGUGUAGGUAGACUAAUAUUUUAAUCUGUUAAAUAAAAAGUAGCUUUUAAAUCAGUUGGUAGUGCUUUGGGUGAUGCAAUACUUAUGUUCUCAGUAUGGAUCAUUUGAAAGAAGUUACCUGGAACUGUGUGUGUAUUACUGAAUACUGUCAGUCUUGUAUCGCACCAUAAACAUUUAUUUAAUGGUUCAUUUGUUUUGCUGUAACAUUGUGUGUCUUCCUGUCAGAACAGUAUCCUGUCCUUGGCUCCUGGUGAAUUUCUGUAAAUAUUUUAAUGCAAGCUAGUUUUGUUGCUGCAAUUUGUACGUAGCCUUUUUUUUGCAGUUAGUGGAGCUGCGUGUCUGAUACCUGGGAUGGUACAAGUGAAAUCACAGCGCACUCUUAUGUCUAUAUCACAAAGAAGCAUCAGCAGCUCUCUCCAACUGCAAAGAUGGACCAGACCUUUUUAGCAGUUGUAUUUGGCCCGUGUGACAAGUGCUUCAAAGAGAAGCCUCUUAGGGCUGUUUACAUCAAGUCAGAACAACUCAGCUACUGCUCACUAUGUGUGGAAAUGAUGGCAACCGAGGGGCUGCACGAGAACGAGACCUUGGCAUCGCUGAAGAACGAGGCGGAGAGCCUGAAGGGCAAGCUGGAGGAGGAGCGGGCCAAGCUGCACGACGUGGAGCUUCAUCAGGUGGCAGAGCGUGUGGAGGCACUGGGCCAGUUUGUGAUGAAGACCAGGAGGACCUUGAAGGGCCACGGAAAUAAGGUUCUCUGUAUGGACUGGUGCAAAGACAAGAGAAGAAUUGUGAGCUCUUCCCAGGAUGGGAAGGUGAUCGUGUGGGAUUCCUUCACUACCAACAAGGAACAUGCAGUGACGAUGCCAUGUACGUGGGUGAUGGCGUGUGCAUAUGCCCCAUCUGGAUGUGCCAUUGCUUGUGGAGGCCUGGACAACAAGUGUUCUGUGUACCCUCUGACAUUUGACAAAAAUGAAAAUAUGGCUGCAAAGAAGAAAUCAGUUGCAAUGCACACAAACUACUUGUCUGCCUGCAGCUUCACUAACUCAGACAUGCAGAUCCUGACAGCAAGCGGAGAUGGAACUUGUGCUCUGUGGGAUGUUGAGAGUGGGCAGCUUCUACAGAGUUUCCAUGGUCAUGGAGCUGAUGUCCUGUGCCUGGAUCUGGCCCCUUCUGAGACGGGAAAUACAUUUGUCUCUGGGGGAUGUGACAAGAAAGCCAUGGUUUGGGACAUGCGGUCUGGUCAGUGCAUCCAGUCAUUUGAAACCCACGAUUCAGAUAUCAACAGUGUCAGAUAUUACCCAAGUGGAGAUGCUUUUGCCUCUGGUUCAGACGAUGCCACGUGCCGUUUAUAUGACCUUCGUGCAGACAGAGAAGUAGCAAUUUAUUCCAAAGAGAGCAUCAUUUUUGGAGCGUCCAGUGUGGACUUCUCGCUCAGCGGUCGCCUGCUGUUUGCAGGCUACAAUGAUUACACCAUAAACGUCUGGGAUGUGCUGAAGGGGUCCCGUGUAUCCAUUCUGUUCGGGCAUGAGAAUCGUGUCAGCACCUUGCGGGUCUCUCCUGACGGGACGGCGUUCUGCUCGGGCUCCUGGGACCACACUCUCCGAAUCUGGGCUUAACCUAAGAUCCCAUAUGCAGAAUCCAAUGAAGACUGAAACCCUGGACUACACAAACUGCAUCAAAAAGCUACUCCUCAAAAUCAAAUAUCUGCUACACCCCAAAAGAGUGACACUGAACCCACAGCUUAACACGAUUAGGUAGAAAAUGUAAUCUGCUUGAACACAUAGCAAAGGUCAACUUGGUUUUCACUCUGUUUUGAGGCUUAUCUUCUUUUAUUAGAUCUAGUAUAGAUAAUUAUAAUAAAGAGACUUUUCCCUGAGGUCACUUGUAUCAUAGAAUUGAGUAUUUCAGUGCACAUUAUGUAUUUAUUUGCAUGAAUUGAGUUCCCUUUUAAAGUUUAAAAAAAAAAAAAAGAAAAAGAAAAAAAAAGAUUCCUGAUUUAAUCAGGAUGUAGCAUAAGGCUUUGGAAACAUUCCAUAGUACUGCAUUGAAUCUUGGUAUUGAAAAGUGGAAAGGAGAACAAUUCUCAUACUUUAUGGUGGCGUUAUGGAUGACUGAACCUCAUCAGUAAGUACAGGAGCAAAGGACCUACUCUGAAGGUACAGGCUAUUGUCAUAAAAAUGUAUUUUUUGUACAGAAAAGGAACCCUUUCAAUCCCUGUUUUUUCCUAUCAUCUUUUUAGAUAGAAAUAAGUAUUUAAUCUGUUACCUGAAUAUAAAGAAUCUAAAUAUAUACAACCUGAUAAACUGCAAAGAGGAGGGAUAUAAACAUGAUUUACAUAAUCAUGAGGUAAUACUUAACCAGUAGUUUCUUAGAAAUUUUUAAUUGUAUCACUUGGUGAGUGAAUUUUCUUUUACUUGAAGGAGUACUAAGCACUAAGGGAAUCUACAUGCUAAGCACUAAGGGAUUCUACAUGCUGAGCAGUAAGCACCGUUAUGCUGAUGGUCACAUCUUUUCCAAGUCAGUCACAGUCAUUCUGUGAUCAGCCCUCUAUGUGGGCAUGGCAGUGGCAGACACGGCAGGACUGCCCCACGAAGACCUGGUGCUGUGGAGUUAACAUUUAAUUGGAUAACACCGAGAUACAGUUAAUUAUAGAAUGAUUGGGAAAUUACAUCUGCAUUUAUGCAUUGAAAAUUAUUCAGAAUGUGUCACUGGUGUCCAGAUUGAGAGGCAUUGAGUCUAACCUGAGCAGAUGUACACAGGGAGCAAAGUGCUGGAGUAAUGCUGGUCUGGCCUUUGAAAUGCAAGUGGUGAGAUACAUCUCUGAAAAGAUCAAAGAUAUGAUUUAUAUUUAGAUCGAAGCAAGAGGAAACAAGCUCACUGGAGGGAGCUUGAUCACAGGCUCAUUCAUGGCUGGAGUUGGCUGUUUACAGAAGUUUGAUGACAAGAUCUUCAUUCUGUUGGAAAGUGGGAUUUUUUUUAACAAUUAUAUAAAAAUCGUAUUAGAAACAAAGUCUCCUAAUUCAUGAAAGCAGGUUCCAUGAAUCCAUAACCACUUCACCUAGGACACGGACAUUGUAUCAGCCUUCAGUCCCUAAUGAAAUAGUUCAGCUGUUGUCACUUGGAAAAGUCAACUCUGAUGCAAACUAUCCCUGUAACAAACUGAAUGCACUAUGGAAAUGUCAUGUAGAGCUCACUGUGCAAUACUGAGUGAAUAGACUGUAGACAUUUUAUCGAAAGAUUAAUGUUUAGAUAGUAUUUAUUGGCAAGAUGUUUGUUUCAAACAUACUACAUUGUGUUGAUACUUAAUGAAUGGCCUAAAUACA